ACCCCACUACCAGCCGACCAACCAGCCUCCUCCUAUCUCGAUCUCGGCAUCACCCUCGCAAUCAACGCCUGGCCAUCCCUCACCCUCGCCGUAACAAACAACUGGGGCGGCCCCACCUCCUCUGACAAGCGCGACUGGCUCUGCGGCGCAAUAUCCGAGAUGAUUGCCGAGCGACCAGAGACAGAUGCCGAGGACCUUGAGGACGUACUGAUACAGGUGAUGAAUGAUGAGUUCGAUGUCUUUGUGGACGAUGAGAGUGCCGGGCAGGUGGCGGGUCGGAUUAUGGAGAUUCGGGUGAUGGUGGAGAGAGGCGAGUUUGGCGCCGUUAAAGAGAUGUGGGAGGAAUGGGAGAGGAAGAGAGCACAGAAAGGGAACGGGGCUGCUGUGGUGGGGUUCCAGAGAGGAGAAGAUCAAGAAAAUGAGACCGACGACGAUGUAGAUGAUGAUAGGGAAGAAGGGGAUGUUGAUAUGGGGGAAGCACCUGCCUUGGUGAGGGCACCCAGGGAGAGGGCUGAGCCUGAGAUUGAUGAAGAUGGGUUUACCAAGGUGGUUGGCAAGAAGAAGAGGUGA